AUGGCAGGCGGGUACAAGCUACAAAGCUACAAAGCUACAAAGCUACAAAGCUACAAAGGCACAAGUGAGGCGAUGGACGAGUCGCAGUUGAAAGGGAAGUUGUGGUACUGUGUGGACCGGCUGCUUGCGCGGGAGGAGCGGCGGUUCAGCCAGAAGUUCGUGAGCGCGCUGGUGGAGCUCGUGUAUGUGCAACUCGUUGAGGUCGGCGAGACGUUGGAGAGCUACGCGCAGCACGGUGGCCGGGACGUGGUGAGCAUGGCUGAUCUGCGGCUGUUGCUGCGGCGGUCGCCCGAGCUGCUGGCUAUGUGUGACCCUGAGGGUAGCCAGUGA